AUGCUGCUUGCCCCUGAGGGAGACCCGGAUGCACCAGACAUCCCGACUCCGCGUUCUUACGCUGAGGCGAUCGCGGGUCCCUACUCCUCUCAGUGGCAGACAGCCAUUGACGCAGAGAUGGCAUCCUGGAAGUCCACAGGCACUUACGUCGACGAGGUUCCCCCUCCUGGGGCGAACAUCGUCGAUGGCAUGUGGAUUUUCAGGGUGAAGUGGCCGCCAGGUUCUCCGCCUGUCUUCAAGGCUCGUUACGUUGCUCGAGGCUUCAGUCAGCGGGAGGGAGUCGACUUCUUCCAGACCUUCUCCCCUACCCCGAAGAUGACCACUCUUCGGGUGCUGCUGCACGUUGCCGCUCAGCGUGACUACGAGCUUCACUCUCUUGACUUCAGCACAGCCUUCUUACAGGGCAGCCUGCACGAGGAGAUCUGGCUGCGCCGCCCACCUGGCUUCACUGGGUCGUUCCCUCCUGGUACCCAGUGGAGCCUCCGGCGGCCAGUCUAUGGUCUCCGCCAGGCGCCGCGUGAGUGGCACGACACACUGAGAACGACACUUGCGGCUCUUGGGUUUGCUCCGUCGAAUACUGACCCGUCGCUGUUUCUGCGCACCGACACUUCGCUGCCGCCGUUCUACAUCCUCGUGUACGUCGACGACUUGGUCUUUGCCACUGCUGAUACUGAGGCUCUCGCAUUGGUGAAGUCGGAGCUGCAGAAGAGACACACGUGCAGAGACUUGGGUGAGCUGCGCAGCUACCUUGGCUUGCAGAUCACCCGGGACAGAGCACGCCGCACCAUCACACUGACUCAGUCACACAUGGUGCAGCAGGUCCUUCAGCGCUUCGGCUUCACCUGGUCCUCGACACAGGCCACUCCUCUGGCUACAGGUCACUCGAUCUCAGCUCCACCUUUGGACGAGUCCGUAGAGCCGAGUGGUCCUUACCCAGCGCUAGCGCCACAGGGUGAGGCUGAGGGGGUGGGGAUGGGUGCAGUGCGGUAUGUGAGUGCAAUUUCUCGUGGGGGACUGAGGCUCUAUUAA